UUUUUACCUUUUUACCAUAACUAUUUACCUUUUGUACUAUUCCUACCAAAUCCUAUAAAAUAUAAAACUCAACAUUCAAAGUGAAAAAUUUCAGAUAUUCAACAAUUUUUGCGAUGGAUCCAAACAACUUAGACCCGAAUGAAGUAUACAUAGAUGUGGAUGAAGAUAUUGAAACAUUCGAGCUACAUGAUUUCAGUGAAUUUUUCACAAUUUCGACUGCAUUUGAUAGUAAAGAUGCACUAGUCGAGUGGACGAUGAAUAUGGCCAUCAGUCAAGGACAUGAGAUUAGGCGACAGUCUUACCACGAGGGCCGGCAAUAUUUGACUUGUAAAAGAGCCUAUAAGAGUCGAGGAAAAAAUGCAAAGGUCAAAACAAGCCGGAAGUCCGGUUCAAUAAAGUGUAAAUGCCCUUUUGCACUAUGGGGUAAAGAGGGUCGUGAUGGAUUAUGGCGCCUUACCAUAAAAAAUGGCAAUCACAAUCAUUUUCCUCAUAAAUAUCCACAAGGACUACGUUCGCUAAGUCGCCUGAGUGAAGAGCAACGAGAAGUGACAAAGAUACUGAGAAAGAGCCAUGUGAAGCCGAAGGAAAUUUUGCAUAUCUGA